AUGGACAUGCAAGGCGAACUGGCGCGGCUCGACCAAGCCGCGUCGAAAGUAGCGCUCAUGCGUGCGUCAGCCGAGCAGGUGAUACAAGAUGUGUGCACCUCCACGACAGAUCUCCUUCGCGAAGUGUCGGCAUCCAUCGCGAGGGUGGAUACGACAUGGAAGGCAAAUCAAGACCACAUUCCCGACACUGCCCGCGCUGCGAUCGUCGACGAAUUUGCCCAGUUCCUCACGAAAUCCCUGGACGUUCGCAAUUCAGCAGGUCUGAUGCAAUUAGCUCAAGCUUUUGUCCAGCGCGACACAGCCAUGGUGGACAAGUUCAUUGAAAACUCGGUCAACGUCGUGGUGUUUGCCAAAGCUGUGACAGAAGUGUCCGUGAAGCACGAAGGCGCGAAUACCGCUUCGACGACUCCGAUUCGCAUGGUCCGUCAAAGUGACAGCCCAGUCUCGAUCAACACCCCUGAGGAAAACACGAUCUUAAAGCGAGGGCACUCGUCGGACGAGGACAAUCAUGACAGCAACAGCACCGAACCCAAACGGCGCCGUCUGACCCUUCUGACGCCAGCCAAAUCAGCCACGGCGGCGAGUCCUCCGCCAACUCCAUCGCCGUCCGCUGCUUUUGUUUCUUUAACGCCCCAUGCAAAUCCUGUCGUCUCAAACGACGUCGAAUCGUUCGCACCGACAUUGGAACGAACUCUGGGCAAGGCAUUUGCUAACAAAUGGCUUCGCGUGGUGGCACGCGAACCGUGGACCGAGUGGUCGAAUGCGUUUGUGCCGUUUCUGCCAGGACUCAACCCCGGCCAAGUCGCGUUCAACCAAACCCUGCGAAUGUUUUUUCAAGAGCAUGGUCGAGCCAUGUGGGAGCGCUUCUUCUUCCUUGGCACCUCCUUGCAUCCCCAUAACACGGAGCCGUCCAGACGGUUCCGUCGACUCCGCGGUGCCAUGGGCCACUUGGUGCACGACCUGUACAAGCUCGAAGGCGUCGACGUGUUUUUGUUCUUGGAAACGUACCCGCAUCCGUUCUGGCCCAUCGUGGUGCAGCACCCAAUUCCGCUCGACAUUUCGUUCCCCAGUCACAGCCGCGAGCUCCUGUCGUACUUUCAGGACCAAUGCACGAAGCGGUGGCCGUCGUACCAGGGAUAUUGGACGCCUCCUGUGGAAGCCACGACCGCCCAAGUCGUCGAGUAUGGGUUUGAAAGGUACGACCCGAUGGCGUUCGUGGGAUGGGCAGCCAAACGGACGCAGCACAGCUGCCGCCAGGAUAAGUGGACAUUUGCGUUCGACAAGACCACGGACGGCAACUACCCGACCAACUUUUUUGCCACGCUCGUCGCGGAAAUGGCUGCCAAGCGAAGCUCGUUUGAUCCGGCUCAAGCACCGUACGUGUCUGUCGUGCAGCCGCCGAAAACGUUGCCCAAGCAGUGGAAGUUCCCCCGAGGCCCCCAGUCUCUGUUUACGUGGGACCCAACGGCCCAACGCGCGAUUUCCAUGCCCCCGCCCGCUGCGGAACGGACGCCCGUCAAAAUGGCCCGCCGGAGCAGUGUCACACCGUCGAAGUACAAGCUUCGGAAUUAA